ACCACCAAGGUCAUAUAUUUUAAAAUUACAUUAAAUUUCAAUAUCACAAUGUUGUUGUGCUGUUUCAAUACACCUCAUGCUCUUCUGCUGUUGUUUCCAGCCUGCCACUGCUACUUUAUCACAGGCCACUGCUGCACCUCCACAAUCUGAGGCUUCAGACACGGCUCCUGCCCCACGGUCAUUCCUGAGGCCCUCUUCUACUUUAUCAAUGUUCACUAAAUCACGGUAUAGUGGGUCACAGUUGUCUUCACUAAAGCCCAAUUUAGUAGAACGGAAGACCCCCAGCCCUUCUCCAUCCUCUGUGAGGACCCCAAGUGCUUCUCCUCCCAGCCCCUCACCUUCUCCAUCCUCUGUGAGGACUCUAACCGUGGCCACUGUGAGAACCCCUUGCCCUUCUCCAUCCUCUGUGAGGACCCCAAGUGCUUCUCCUCCCAGCCCCUCACCUUCUCCAUCCUCUGUGAGGACUCCAACCGUGGCCACUGUGAGAACCCCUCGCCCUUUUCCAUCCUCUGUAAGGACGGCAAGCUCUUCUUCUUCCUCUCCGAGACCUCCCAGCCCAUCCUUACUGCAGACCCACGUUCCUGCUCCAUUCUCUGAGGAGCCUAGAAGAGUCCAGCCAACCCCUGCCGAGGACUUAGCUUCAGUCAGGCUACCAGUUGAAUUAGGCAAGACCAUCCCUGUGCAGGACCAAAGGUGGAUUGCCAACACUUUAUUUCACUCUGGCAAGCUGCGGCCAGAUUUGAAGCUGUGGUAUGAGCCUCCCAUCCCGGCCCUCAUUUACCACCAGACACCAACACCUGACCGGUUCUUUACCCAUCGGCUAAUGGUGUGGAUGCCCUACCACCUGUGGAAGGUGACGGUUCACUGUCCGGCUUGUAACAAGAACCUAACAGGUUAUGGUGUCCACAAAGGGGCCAGGAAGGUCCUGGAUAUUGACAGGUACUACCUGCUGGUGACAGAGACACUCAGGUGUACUGUGUGUUCUCAAAACUAUCUGUCAACAAGCCAGACUGUCCGGGACCAGCUCGACCUGCCGCACCAGAAAAUGUUCCGGCUGAUUCUGACACGCAAGUAUGCCUGUGACAUCCGUGUCAUUAGGCUGCUUCGGGACCGGACGCUAGGCAACAGUCCAGCUCGAUUGGAGCGGCAGUUGAAAGAGAACCAUGGAGAGGAAUGGCUGAAUCGGCUGGCACACUAUCUUGGGGAGUGUGCUGACUUUGUCGAUCGACCCAGCCUGUAUCCGGUGGUCUGCCAGGAGCCUCCAGAGCCAAUCGACAUUCCCACCAGUCGUUGGCUGCUGUCAGUAUACGGCAGGGAUAUCCUCUCCAGAAUUGAGCAUAUAAAAGCCAGCAUCACAUCCAUCUUUGGCAACAUCUUAAAGAUGGAUUCCACAAAAAAGAUCACAAAGAAGCUGGCCGGCCAUGGACGGGGGACAGCACUCUGGGUAACCUCCAUUGGAAAUGAGGUUGGCCAGAUAGUGACCAGUGUGCUGUCAGUGCAAGAGGGGCCAGGACUGAGCAGAAUGGUGGCUGGUGUAAUGGAGCGCUACAGCAAGGCUGCCAUUCCACCACCAGUGCUGCUUUAUGUGGACUGUGGCUGCUGCGUGAGUGAUGGAGCGACAAGCAAGCUGCAGACCAGGUUUGGGGAGUGGCCAGACCUUCACAUACGGCUGGACAUCUGGCACUUUAUGAGGAGGCUGGCCGUGGGCUGCACCACCGAUGCCCAUCCUCUAUCCCACCUUCAUGGGAUGCCUGUCAGCCUGCAUUUUUGA